CAACUCUCUUUAAUAAGCAAUCGAUUAUAUCAGCACCUGCAAUUCAAGAAUUUUUGGUUGAAGUAGUCCAACAAAUGUCAGAAUACAGGCAACUGAUGCUAAAUCUUAUUGAAUGUUCUAAAAAUAAUUCGAAUAUUCAAAUUGCAUCUGCCAAUGCCAUUACAAUUCUAUUACGUGCCAAAAUACAGCUUCCAAAAAAUUUAGAUAGUGUUCGUAUUCAAGGAGCGGAUUUGAGCAAUGGGGUUUUUAAAAAUUCACAAUUUGUAAAAGCUGACUUAAAUAAU